UAUGGGGACGAAGAUAUGCCGCCAAGUAAACAUAUCCUUAAUUCAAUAGUUUCGCUCCUCAAUCGAUAGACCAUGAUCGGCCAUUUUUCCUCCGCCUUGGCCGUCGUCAAUUUCUCUCCAAGCUCAACCAAACUGCCAUCCCAUGUCCAAUCCUCAAGGAAUGUCAACUUCGAAUCACUCAAGGACCGUCUCAUCGGCUUUGCCAGUGUGGGUCACCUUCGCCGCGCGAUAUCCACCCUCGAUUACAUGACAAGUCAAGGACUCACUCCUGACGUCGUCUCCUACUCUUUCCUUCUAAAAUCAUGCAUCAGAACCCGUCAUUUCGAUCUCGGCAAGCUGGUUCAUCAUAAACUAUCCGAAUCAGGAAUCGAACUCGACUCCAUUCUACUUAACUCACUCAUUAGCCUUUAUUCAAAAUCCGGCGACUGGAAAACAGCUAAUUCAAUCUUCGAGGAAAUGGGUAUUAGUAAAAGAAGAAACAUGGUUUCAUGGAGUUCAAUGAUCUCUUGUUUUUCCCAUAACGGAUUAGGUUUACGAGCAAUUCAAACGUUUCUUGAUAUGAUUGAAUGUGGAGAAUACCCAAAUCAUUUCUGCUUCGCCGCCGUGAUUCACGCCUGCUCUAACCCUGACAACGCUUGGAUUGGUAAGGUUAUACAUGGGUUCGUGAUUAAAACAGGGUAUCUCGAUGCCGACGUUUGCGUUGGAUGUGCUUUGAUUGAUUUCUAUGUGAAAAGCGGUGGCGAUUUAGAUUCCGCACGUCAAGUGUUCGACGAAAUGCCUGAAAGAAAUCCGGUAACUUGGACUUUGCUUAUAACUAGAUUUGCUCAAUUUGGAUACCCUAAAGAUGCUUUAGAAUUAUUCAUUGAAAUGUUAGUGAAUGGUUUCGUCCCCGAUGUGUUUACAUUUAGCGGCGUUGUUUCCGCUUGCUCUGAAUUGAAGCUUUUGUCAUUUGGACGACAAGUUCAUUCUCAUGUGAUUAAGUUUGGUUUAGUUUCAGAUAUCUGCGUUGGCUGCAGCUUAGUUGAUAUGUAUGCAAAAUGUUCUUUGGAUUUGGAUGAUUCUAGAAAGUUCUUCGAACGUAUGCCAAACCAUAACGUAAUGUCAUGGACUGCCUUCAUUACUGGAUGUGUGCAAAGUGGAAAACAUGAUAAAGAAGCACUUCAAAUCUACAGCCAGAUGAUGAUCAACAAUCAGUCUUUACCGAAUCACUUCACAUUCUCCAGCCUUCUGAAAGCUUGUGGAAAUCUCUCCGACCCAAUAUCCGGCGAACAGAUUCACAAUCAAGUAGUGAAAUUUGGUUUUGAAUCGGUCAAUUGCGUUGGAAAUUCGCUCAUAUCCAUGUACGCUCGAUCUAAUAAAUUGGAAGAUGCGAGAAAGGCGUUUGAUUUGUUAUUCGAAAAGAACUUGAUCUCUUACAAUGCCAUACUCGACGGUUACACGAAGAGUAUGGAUUCUAGCGAAGCCUCGUUUGGAUUGUUUAACGAACUCGAAAAUAAGGGGAUUGAAGUCGAUGCUUACACGUACGCGAGUCUUCUUAGCGGAGCUGCGACGAUAGGUGCGGUUAGUCGAGGCGAGCAAAUUCAUGCCCGGGUAAUAAAAGAAGGAUUAGGAUCGAACCGGAUCAUAUCCAACGCUCUAAUAUCGAUGUACUCAAAAUGUGGGAAUAUCGAUUCGGCGUUAAAUGUUUUCCAAGGUGGGAUCGAGAGUCCCAACGUUAUCUCGUGGACAUCCAUCAUUACAGGUUUCGCUAAACAUGGAUUAGCGGAAAGAGCUAUAGACAUGUUUGAAAAUAUGGUUAAGACGGGUGUGAAACCAAACGAGGUAACUUACGUAGCCGUUCUAUCGGCUUGUAGCCAUGUUGGUUUUGUUGACGAAGGAUGGAAGUACUUCAAUUCGAUGAUGGAAGAACACGGGAUUAAACCGAGGAUGGAGCAUUACGCUUGUAUGGUGGAUUUAUUAGGUCGAUCGGGUUUUCUCGACGAAGCGCUUAGGUUUAUCGGCUCGAUGCCUUUUGAGGCCGACACAUUGGUUUGGCGUACAUUGCUCGGAUCGUGUCGGAUUCACGGAAACGCAAACAUAGGAAAACACGCAGCCGAGAUGAUCUUCGAGCGGGACCCAAACGAUACGACUGCAUACGUUUUGUUAUCGAAUUUAUACGCUUCCGUCGGUCGGUGGAGCGAAGUUAUCGAAAUGAGAAAGAAAAUGAAGGAGAGGAAUUUGGUUAAAGAAGCGGGAUGUAGUUGGAUCGAGAGAGACGGGAGGAUUCAUAAGUUCUUCGUGGGCGAUACGUUUCAUCCUAGGGCAAAAGAGAUUUACGAAGAAAUUGAAAGUUUAGGGUUUAAGAUUAAGGAAAUGGGUUAUGUGGCAAAUACCAAUCUUGUUCUUCAUGAGGAGGUGGAGGAGGAAUUGAAAGAGGAGUAUUUGUUUCAACAUAGCGAGAGGAUAGCGGUUGCUUUCGGAAUCAUUAGUAGUAAAAGUGAUUCAAAACCGAUUAGAGUGUUUAAGAAUCUUCGAGUAUGUGAUGAUUGUCAUGUCGCGAUGAAAUACAUUUCGAUUGCAGCGGGAAGAGAGAUAGUCCUUAGGGACUCAAAUAGGUUUCAUCAUUUUAGAAAUGGGGUAUGUUCUUGCAAUGAAUAUUGGUAAGAUCCAAGAAUGGAAGAUCAUAAGUUGUUAUACAAUGCAUGAAUUAUAAUUGAGAACUAUGUUAUUUAUAGAAAAUUUUGAACUUGAUAUAAC